AUGUAUAGAAAUAAAAAAGACGUUGAUAAACACGUGGAAAGCUUAAUAUCUAAAUUGUCUUUAAAAGAGUUUAAAACCCGUGCAUAUUCUGUCGCCCGGUUGUAUUUCGAAGUCGGGGACUAUGCAAGUUGUCAAAAAUACGUCGAGCAGUACCUUACCUACAAAGAUAAUGCCGCCGCGCAUAAACUACUUGGACAGGCUUAUCAUAAACAAGGCCAAAAAGAAAAAGCUCUUGAGGAAUUUAAAACCUCACUUGAUAAAGAUUCUACACAAACGAGCAUCGUCCUAGAUAUCUGUGAGCUACUGGCUGAUGAUGAAAUAGACAUUGAUCCAGGACGUGCAAGAUAUUGGUGUGAGAAAGCAGAAGCUAUUUUUCCUAGACAUCAAGUAACUUUUCAACUUAGAGAAAGACUUUUGAAUAUUGCUAAUCCUGAUCCAGAGGCUCUUGUUAAAUUACUUAAUGCAGAACUAUUGGUAAGACCAAGGGAUCCAUUACUUCAUGCUCGUUUACUCAAACAUUAUUUAAACAGCAAUAAAAUAAAAGAAGCCCUUGAACACAGUUGUAAAGUAGAAUUCGAAAACAAAUUCUUCUCUCAUAAUUACGAUUGGUAUGAAGUUGUGUCCAAAGUCCUCAAUCAUAGUUCUCAUGAUACCAAAAGUUGGCUGUAUCAAUUACUUUUAUUAACUGUUAAAGAGAGAAUCUGCCUCUUAAGUCUUGCAGAAAUACCCAAUGGAUCAUCAAAAAGUUUAAUUGAAACUAGUGAUUUACUUUUCCAAUAUGAUCAAGCAAUAGAGAAUAUUGCUCAAAGUGGUGCAUCACCUGGAUAUGCUGAGUUCCAUUCCAGUCUUUUACAACAUCAUAAAGGCCAGUUAGCCUUUCACUCUGCAACUUUUCUACUAAAAAAGGCAAAAAAGGAUCAAAUAGGUUGGCGUGAAGCUGUUAGACUUGCGGAUCCAUUAAUUCUAAUUGCUUGGCAAACCGUUCCACUUGAUAUGAAAGUAAAUUGGCUUAAUCAUGCCCCAGAAAAGCAAAAAAACGCAGUUAAUCGCUGGUAUAUUGAAGGUUGCUAUAGGUGCUCCCAGUCAGGUCAUUAUGUACUUUCUAAUUGUAAAGAUAAAAGUCAAUUAUUUUUAGAUCAAAUCUCACAAGUUUGUUCUGGUCCCGAAUGGAAAAAUAAAUUAUAUGAAAAAAUGUACACAAGCCAUGAACAUCAAGCAAAAAUGAAUUCUUCAUAUUUAGCAUCUAAUUCUUUUCAUGCUCCUACAUUGAGGUUACCAAGAAGAAUUGAAGUGGAAGCUUAUGAUGUUGAUGCACAAAGAGAAAAUCCAAAUUCAUUACACCAUAUAGUAUGGAUAUUAUUGAACUACAAAAAUUAUGCUAAUUUUAAGUGUAUUUUAUUUGAUAUGUUAAAGCCAACUGUAACAAACUGUGGGCCAGAAGGUUUAAAUAAAAUAGACAUUCAUGCUUUUGCAUAUUGUACGGCCCUGACUGCAAUAAAACAAAAACAUAACCAACAAUCGUUUAUAGCUGUUGAGAAACCAUAUAUUGUUCCAGCUAAUAUCACAGACUUGCUUUGUACUCUAACACAAAUGAAAUGGUGGGAUUGUGCAUAUAAAUAUUGUCAAAAUGAAUUAGGUACUGAAUUAACUGAUAUAAGAGCAACAUUAAGUGCUGGUAUUGAGGUUGUAAGAUGCAUAGAUAAUCAUGGCUUAGAUCCUGAACUUCUAUGUAUUCUUGGUCGCAUUUUUAGUGAACAAGCAAAACUAACUAGAAAUGAAAACGAGAGUAAUGAAUUGGAAAUGAGGGCAUUUCUUUAUUAUUCAGAAGCAAUACCCCUUUUGGCUCAACUUAAAAAUAAAACUAUGAUUAAGUUUCCUGAAAAAAGAAUGUUUGAUUAUACACACGCGGAACUGAGUUCUAAGGAACUGAAUGCAUUAAUAGAAGAAAGCAAGCUUUAUGUUGCUCUUGUUUAUCUCCAUGACUGUGAAUUUGAAAAAGUUGUCGACUUACUGUCUAAUGUUAAGACUCCAAAGGGAUAUUACUACCUUGGGGAGGCAUAUAAAAGAAUGGCUAUCGAAGAAAUGCCUACAUCAAGAGAUGUAGCAUUUGAAUCAAAAUGUAUCUCAUUGUUAAGUAAGGCUAAACAGUUUGCUUUUAAGGCUUUAGAAAAACUAAAGAAUUCAGAAGCCUUUAAAAACAAUCCUUUAUAUUCCCAGAUCCAAGAUUUAAUUGAAGACAUUGAAGCUUGCAUAAACAAGAUAGAUCCAGACUUUUCCUAUGCUAUCAAUAAUGUGGACGGGAAAAACUCAUCAGAUGAAAACAUAUCCUUAAUUGGGAGUGAACAAUUUCCUUUACGACCAAACCAUCAUUUUCGUAACAUAAGUUCUACUCCCAAGAAUCAAUCACAAGCUAAUAUCACUAGCUAUCGAUCUGCAAUUGAUUCACAGUUGAUAGAAACCAACAGAUUGGACCACCAAUGUUUAGAGCGAAUUGAAAAACAGAUUAAAAAUUUGCAAAAAAGAGAUGUAACAAUUAAUGAAUUUAUGGAGCAAACUAAACAUUGGUUUAAAGAAAAUAGAAAGUUAGGUAAUGAAAUUAUUAAUACUAUUCAUUCUAAUACUGAAAACAUAACAGAACAAUUUAAGCUUCUUAAAAUAUCGGUGGGUGAAGUAAAAAGUGAGUUAGAUGAAUGCAGAAAUGAAUGUAAAGAUGUGGUAGAACUAAAAAAACAAGUUGCGGAUUUGAAAAAAGAGGUAUUUAAGCUGAAGAAAGUAUCUUCUGAUCAGACUGUAGAUGAAAAUGACAUGUAUAAUGUGGAUGAAAACUAUAGAUCAAAUGAUAAUACUUCUACAUUUACUCCGCACAUGCCAUUUACGCCUACACAAGUAAUUCCUCCCUUCACUCAACGACUUGUACCUCCUUUUCCAGUUCCUUCAAACCCUUAUCAGUUAUAUGGACAGAACUUAUACAGUCUCUAUAACCAAUAUGCUCAAUUCGCUCAACCACAAUCUGUUCCUGGUGCUCCACCUGUUUUUGACCCAACAAGAGGUCAAAUGAACUAUUCUAAUGUAUAUCCGACUCCAGAUCAAAUGUAUCUUGAUGUAGCUCAUCUGGUUCCUCCAAAUUUGUCGGCUGCGUCUACUGUACCAACUGCACCUCCAUUAAAUAUACCUACAAUACCUGUAGUAUCGUCAACGUCUAUGCCAAUUUCGACUUCACUAGCGCCAGUAACAACAACAGCGUCUGUUUUAAAAUCAACACUCACCGCCGAAGUAAAGGAAACUUUGCGAUCGCUACCAGUAAAUGUAGUAAUAACUUCUUCAGAUCCACUACCGACCUGUACGACUACCGCUGCGCCAAUUUUAAGCGUGACAAUUCCACCUCAACAUAUUAAAGGAAGUCCCCAUAAUUACCAAAUACCAAUGCCCUGUACAAAUGAAAGCAAGGCUGUUACGUCCCCUAAGUUUAGUUUCUCUCAAGCGGGAAAUAAACUCCCUGCCACAACAAAUUCAUCAUCGCCUUGGAAUCCAACCAUGUUCACCAAUUCUCAAUCGACCAAUAUUUUUAAUAACUCCUUAAAGUUUGAUAACUCGAAAGCAGGUUUUGGUGCAGUCGUGAAAGAAUCAUCCUCACCUAAUAUGAGUAUCAACAAAUCAAGGACACUAUCCGAAAAAAGCAAUACGUCUAUAGAGAAUUACGACCCUUGCCCUGAUUUUAAACCUAUAAUACCUUUACCAGCUGAAGUAAAAGUCACAACUGGAGAAGAAGACGAAGUUGUGAUAUUCAAUGCCAGAGCCAAAUUGUUUAGAUUUGUUGAUAAACAAUGGAAGGAAAGAGGACUGGGUGAAAUGAAAUUGCUACAGCAUAAAAUAACCGGAAAAGUAAGAGUGCUUAUGAGAAGAGAACAAAUACAUAAAGUUUGUGCUAAUCAUAUUAUUUUGCCAGAAAUGGAACUUAAACCGAUGAAGAAUGAAACAAAAGCCUACUUUUGGGUUGCUAAUGAUUUUGCCGAAGAAACCGUUAUACUCGAGAAAUUUUGUGUUAGGUUUAAAACUGCCGAUAUUGCAAAACAAUUUUAUGACAUGUUUGAAAAAGCUCGUCAAGAAGCUGCAUCUUCUAUAAACUCUAACUCAACUGAAAAAGAAACUGAAUCACAGACUACUGCUACUCCUAAAUCACAAACAACAAGUAUUCAAGGGAAUAUUAAUGACGACCAAAUUUAUAAAACCGUUGUUGGAGGUUUUACUUUUUCAAGUACUCCAUCCUUUAAAGCUGUUGCCGACGUAAAAAAUACUGAUACAAGUACUCCAAAUACAUCUAAAGAUAAGGUCAAUGUUUUUACUGGCCUAUCAUUUAAAACUAAUGCUGAAACUUCAUUUACUAAUUUAUUUGAUACGAUAACUAAACAAACUGUAACUAUUAUUCCAUCUGUCCAAAAUUCAGAACACAGUAAUAAGUUGAAUACUUCCGAUGUCGUGGAAGAAUUUGAACCUGCAGUUGAUUUUAAACCUGUUGUACCAUUACCCGCAUUAGUAGAUCAAAAAACAGGUGAAGAAGAUGAGAAUAUUUUGUUUGAACAUCGUGCAAAGUUGCUUAGAUUUGAUGCAUCUGCCAAAGAAUGGAAAGAAAGAGGUCUAGGUAACAUUAAGUUGCUUGUGCAAAAAGAUAAUAUCCAAAAAGUUCGUCUUUUGAUGAGAAGGGAACAAAUUAUGAAAGUGUGUUGUAAUCACGCUAUUACUAAAGAAAUGAUUUUCCAGAAAAUGCCUAAUAUGGAUAAAGCAGUAACAUGGUGUGCUAAAGAUUUUUCCGAUGGCGAAUUAGUUGCUGAAACAUUCUGUUUACGAUUUAAAACUGUUCAGCUUUGCGAUGAAUUUGUAAAAGCUGUCAAAUUAGCGCAGUCUAAAAUAGGUGAUGAUUUGAAAGCAGUUAAAGAGGAGCAAAACGCGGCGAAACAAAACAAUCAAAUUUCUUCUUCCAAUGAACAAACUGAAACAUCUUCCGAUUGGAGCGACAAAUUUAAACCUAAACCAGGAUGCUGGGAGUGUAAAAUGUGCUAUAUUCGUAAUGAAGCUGACGUCGAAUUUUGUUGCGCAUGUGAAAGUCCAAAAGACUCAACAGCUAAACAAAAUUCUAGUAACGAAAGUUCGACUUUUAAUUUCGUAUUGCCGCCAAAAUCAAUUAGUAGCCAAUCUGGCUGGGGAGAUAAAUUCAAACCCAAAGAGGGAACUUGGGAAUGUAAUCAGUGCUUAGUAAGAAAUGACAGUAACAUUAUUCGUUGUAGUGCUUGUAAUAAUCCCAAGGAUCCCAGUACUGUCAAAAACGAAUCAAAAUCUAGUUUGAUCAAUAAUGCAACAGGUCCUAAAUUUAAUUUUGGCAUUUCUCACACUGCAAAUGUGCAAAAUGUAAAAAAUGAAACAAGUUCAUCAUUUAAUGCAACUGGCUUGCAAAAAUUUUCUUUUGGGAUUCCGGCUAGUAAAUCAACAAAUGUAAUUUCUUUUGGUGAUCAAAAGUCAGUUUCAAGCUAUUUUGGUGCGUCAAAACCCACAGAAGAUCAACCAAUUAAUUUUUCUUUGAUAAGUACUGAUGGAGGAAAAUUGUCUGAAGCUCAGAAAAUAAUUGCAUGCUCAACAUCUAACCCAAAUGUCUUGAAACAUUAUGGGUUCUCAUUCCAAGCGCCGCAAAAUGAAAAGGAACAAAUAAAGGAUAAACAAGGCAACGAUAAUAUUUUUUCAAAUAUCGAUGAAGCAAAACUACCUAACAGUCCGUUUAGUUCGUUGAAGGAAAUGGAUAUUUUUCAUAUUACUGGGGAAGAUAAUGAAAACUUGAUAUUUGGACAAAGAGCAAAUCUAUACAAAUUCAUUUCGGGUAAAUGGGAAAAAUAUGCAGUUGGUAUAGUAAAAAUAUUAGCACAUCAGGAAAAUGGUAAAAUGAGGAUUUUAAUGAGAGGAGAGGAUUUAAAAAUCUGUCUAAAUCAUUCCUUGACCCAUGAAACAAAAUUAAAAUCAAAGGAUGAAAAAACUUGGCAUAUAACUAUCAACUAUUUUAACGAAGGAGAAAGAUGCUUAGAACAUUUUUGUUUGAAAUUUCCUAAUACGGAGCUUGCAUUACAAUUCAAAAAUGCUGUUGAUAAAGCUACCGGCAUGCAAGUAAAAUGUGAUGUGGAUACGAAAGAAAGUGAGAGUGAUGAUGUAGUUUUUGUCGGUGAAAUAUUGGCUUCUAAUGAAGAGAAACAAAAAGCUAUUGAACUUAAAUUGCCAGAAAACUUCUAUACUUAUAAAAACAAGCCACCAUGCCAAGGAUGUCGAGGGUGUAAAGAUGAUGACGAAAUUAUAAAUGAGGCAUCAACUAAAAAUAACUCCACAUUGUUAAUGAAACCGAAAUCAACACAAGUACCAAGAGAUAGUAGCAUUUCUACCCCAACAAAAGGGUCUGUUCUUAAUUUACAAAGCCCAACUAAUUCUAUAUAUGGUACACCUGGCAAUUUCGACAAAACUGCUGAUGUUUCUGUUUUCCGUACUCCCUUAGGAUCUGUCGGUUCUAACACUAAAUCACCGAUAAUGUCAGAUAGUCAGACUGAAAAUAAUAACACUAACAAAGAAAAUACAUUUACCGAAAAAAGCGAUGCCUUCAAUACUUUCUCCGAACAGAAAUUGACAUUUGGAUCAUCAAAUGGUCAAACAAACAUUUUCUCAUCUCAACCAUCAACUGUUGUUAAAAAGUCUAUUUUAGCAGCACCUAAGCUUGAUUCAUUAAACACAAACAUGUCUGCUGAAACUAAAACAAUUUUUGGUGAGAAUAAAUCAAUAUUUGCUGGUUCUGGAAUUACUACUAACAAACCUGUGUUUGAUUUUUCAAGUUUUAAAAAGGAAUCCACGCAAAGUUCCGAUGUCAAAUCAAUAUUUGGAGAUGAUCAAAAGCCUGUUAACCUGUUUAGUAGUUCUACCCAAGGAAGCAUUUUUGGUCCAUCUGCUUUAAAAGUAGAUUCCACAAAAUUUGGUGGAUUUAACUAUUUCGGAUCUCAAAGUCAAAAUUCAGGUAGUAAUAACACAAUUUUUGGAAAAGUAUCUAAUGAACCAGUUGCAUUCGGUGUGAAAUCUGAGGGUAAUAGUUUUAAUCAACCAGGAACUACUUCUUUGUCUGUUUCAAAAGAAGGUAUUGAAUUAAAAGCUGAUGAAAAGGAAAAAAAGACAGAAUUACCUUUAAAAGUAGACAAUGCUCUAUCGUUUGCAGCGUUAUCUACAAGUGGACCUGGGUUUAAUAUUCAAAAGAAAGCAGAUUUUGAAUGGGAGGGUGCAGGUCAGCAAUUGUUCACCAGUAAGUCUAAGAAAUCUUUGAGUGAGAAAUCAAAUGUUUCUAACAGUGAAGACACUGAAACUGGCGUGGGCGCUGAUGAGGAAUAUGAUCCUCAUUAUGAACCUAUUGUUCCUCUACCCGAUAAAAUUGUGGUAACUACUGGUGAAGAAGAUGAAGAGAAACUCUUUGGUGAACGUUGUAAAUUAUUUAGAUACGACGAAAAGUCGCGAGAGUGGAAAGAGCGCGGAGUCGGUGAAAUAAAAAUUUUGUAUCAUCCUAGUCGAAUGACCUAUCGUCUUCUUCUUCGAAGAGAAUUGGUGCACAAAGCAGUACUUAACAUGUUGCUCUUUAUGGAUUUGGAGUUAUUACCUAUGAAGAAUUCAGAUCGGGCAUGGACAUGGGCUGGAAUUAACUAUGCUGAAAAUGUUGCGGGUGAACAGGAGACACUUGCUGUGCGCUUUAAAUCCUCCAAUAUCGCAACUAAUUUCCAUGACAAAGUUGUUGAGUGUGUCCGAAAGUUACAAGCCGCCGCUGCAGAAGCAAUCAGAAAAGAAAAAGAAACCAGUGUCGUUGAAUUCGAAAGUGUAGCCCCACUCAGACUACCAAAGCAUUUAGAAAAUAGUGCACGAGCAGACAAUGUCAUAUUAGCAAAAACAGAGGAACAAGUGGUUUCAACAAAUACCACUGAAAAAGACACUUUUGGUGAUAGUGAAGCUAACAAAGGAUCAACUUCUGUAGAAACGAAGCAAGUGCACUUUGAAGAAACUGAAGAAGAUGAUGAUGAAUAUGAACACAAUUAUGACCACAAUGAAGAGUAUGAUGAUAAUUAUAACGAGGAAGAAGAAGAGGAAUCUGGUGUAUAUUUCUCGUGUGAAGGUGAAGCUAUUGUACGACUGGGCAGUGAAGAGGCAAAAUGUUCUCAUGCACACAUACAAGUCGUGUUUGAUCAAGACAUCUACUCACCCAAAAUCGUCGUGACAGAUUCGAAUACAGGCGAGGUACUCGCCGACAUGCUUAUUUAUACCGAGACGGAGUUUCAGAUUACUGGUGACUCAUGUUCAUGGUCGGGCGUGGACUAUGAUUCUGUGAAAAAAACUGUAACCAUCAAUUUUCCGGACAGCGAAACGGCUAUGUAUUUCUAUGACAGUUGCGAGACAAGCAAAGCUGCAACAUGUUCAUCGACGGAUCCUGAGUCGUAA